AAAUACAGGAUAUAGGCCUAUCCUUGACGAUACAGAAAAUUGCAAAUCUUCAGCAUGCCAUAAUUACUGCAAUAUUAGAAGCAAUCUGUCUGAUCAUGCCUAAAGCAUACAACUGUUGCUGGUGUCAUCAUAGAACUUGCGGUGGAUCUGAGUCAAGGAGGCACAUUAGAACGCAACCACUGAUAAAGGAAACAGAGCGGCGAUUAGGGAGAGGAGUAACUGAGGAGGAUGUAAUUUGUCAAAAAUGUUACAGAUCUUUUUCUCGCAAACAAACAGUUGUUGGUGCCUCAAGUACAUGUACUCUAACAUGCAGUGAUCCAGAAUCUUCCCCAUCUCUGCCCACUUGUAACUCAGAUUCAAAUCCCUUAUUAAAAAGUCCAAAAUCAAUAUGCCUUCCCAUAACAUCAACACCAAAAGGUCACAGAAAAUGUGUCAUUUGCAGAAAGCCAUACUCAGACAGAAAUCGCCUUAUAAAUAUCCCAAAGUCCUCCAUUGCACAAGCUUUUGUUGAAACAGGAAUCUUCAUCAAUGAUGACAGCAGAUGCUGCAAGAUGCAUGUUGAAGAUGGCCACCUAAAAAAAGAUGCACUCUCACUACUAACAACAACAAAAGAUGAAGAACAACUAUCAAGAACUGACAUAUGCAAGCUUUUAUCUAGCCUUAGAACUACCAUCAAAUCAGCAACUUACCUCAACUUUGAUGUUCCAUCUCUUUUUGAGUGAAGAAGACUAUUUGAGUCUCACUGGCUUAAAAAGAGAGCAAUUUGCAGAACUUAUUAAUGAAUUAAAGAAUUUAAGAAACAAUUCCAGCCGUACCAAGAGAACAUGUCUUGCUGUAUUCCUGACAAAACUCCGAACUGGCUUUCCCAACACAAUACUCUCCACAAUCUUCAAGCUUUCUGUAUCUCAGAUUCAAAGAAUAAUUCCAUCAGUAAGAGAGGCUCUCAUGCAGAAUUUUGUGCCAAAACAUCUUGGAUUCCAACAUAUAAGUCAUCAGGAAUUCUCUUUGCACCAUACUACUCCAAUUGCCAGAAAGCUUUUCACCAGUGAGGACAACCCAGAUCAAGCUGUGCUAAUCUUGGAUGGCACAUAUAUUUACAUCCAAAAGAGUCAUGAUUAUGAAUUCCAACGACUUUCAUACAGCCUUCAUAAAAAUCGUCCAUUGGUGAAACCUAUGAUGGUUGUGGCCUCUGAUGGCUACAUCCUAAGUGUUCUGGGACCAUAUGUAGCAGAUUGUCACAACAAUGAUGCCAGCAUAACAAAGCAUAUGUUCUCACAAAAUGCUGAAAACAUUCAAGUAUGGUUAAAAGAAGAUGAUGUGGUCGUAGUUGACAGAGGGUUUAGAGAUGCAGUAACUUUUAUGGAAGAUAACGGAUUGAAAGUCCACAUGCCAUUCUAUCUGAAAAGGGGAGAAAAACAACAUACAACUAUGGAAGCCAACCUAUCCAGAAUGGUCACAAAAGUGAGAUGGUGGUAGAGAGUGCUAAUGGCAGGCUAAAACAGUGGAGACUACUGGACAAAGUUAUUCCUAACAAGAUGCUUCCACAGGUAGGAGAUUUUGUUAGAAUUGUCUGUGCACUAUAUAACUGUUUUAGGCCUUGUCUUGGAAACAUGGAUCCUGAAACUGAAGAAGUGGCCAUCAGAAUGCUGGAACGAUCACAGAAAUCCAAUGAAGUCCAGGUUCUUGUUCAAGAAAACAACCUGUUAACUCGCCGUGCUGUGUACACAGCUAUUGAUGCCUCUUCUGAGCUUGAUGAUUUCCCUGUCCUUUCACUUGAUGACUUGCGCUCUCUUACAUUAGGAAUUUAUCAAAUAAAACAUGCAGAGAAUUACACACGAGAACAUUUAAAAGAUGAAGGCAGCUAUGAAGUAAUGGUAUGCCAUGAUUUUCCAAAUCUUUUGAGGGCUAAAAUUCAGUCUAGGCAUUCUAGAAAUGUACUUCACACACUUUGGAUAAAAUAUAGAGGUAAGGAGGAGAGUGUAGAGGCCAUUUGUGGUUGGUACUGUACUUGCAAAAUUGGAGCAAGACUUGUUGGUUGCUGUGCCCAUGUGUCCAGUGUACUGUGGUUCCUUGGAUGGAAAAGGCAUCAGGGUGAAGAACUAAUGUCAUCUGGACCAGGACCUAAAUGCCACUUUCUGAAUGCAGCGUAUCAAGAAGAUUCAGACAGUGACACUGUGGAGGAGUGAAUUCCAGGAUUUAUGAAUUACAUAGGUCUUUCAUACGAAAUUCAUCUUAAAUGAUAAAUGUAUUACAUAUAGAGCAUUAAUGUUUACUUCAGUAUAGAUUUGACUGGAUAAUUUGCUGUUUUGGUGGUUUUUGUACAUUAAAUGAACUUGGAUUUACUGGUAUGCUAAAGGUGGAAACAUGGGGUUACAAUGAUAAACUGAAGGGGAAACAUAUGCUAAGAAACAGCUAUGCUGAAAUAAAAUCAAGGUAUAAAUUACGAAAUACACAAUAAUACAUAUUAAUAAUAUUUUCAUGUAAAAUGUGUUGAUGAUUUUUAACGGUGGGAGACAUGCCAGUCUCUAACUGUGAAAUUAUCUCACAUUGAUAGUUAACUUUAACCUUAAACCCUUUCAUGCUAUUUUACAUUUUACAUUAUAUAUGCAUUGAAAAGUAUGAAUUAUCUUUCAAAUUCUAUGAAAUGCAAAGAUUUUCAGACUUUGUGUAAUUGAUAUGAUUAGACAUAUAUUAAGUUGUGUAACACAGAAGUAUAAAGAUGUUUGAAAAAGAUUGUUUCAAUAUGCAUUAUAAUGGAGAUAAUAUUUCAAUGAUACAGAAGAACCAUGCAGUUUUUCUGUUUAAAAUUACU